AUGCCUACACUGGUGAAAAGCGAUCUCACCACGGCGCUAGUUAAUCUGACUAGCACCACAUCUACUAUUCGCCAAGGUCUAGCGCCUAGUUUCCCGGCUGGUGCAAAGUCUUCUCGAUGGCUCUUUGUAUGGGCAGCAAGCCGCCAAAACAGUGAUGGCGGAUGUCGCCGAUGUAAUAUCAGUCUACUCGAUGAUGACGACGAUGAUGACGGCAAGCGGAAGCGCAUCGUGAACGAGUGCGCAAAGUCCCAGCAUCCACAGCGUGCAUCGAAGCUUGUUCCAACUUCUGCUUCAGAAAUUAGAGGGUUGGAAGAGGGGAAGACGUAA